GAUGGGUUUUAUUUGCCUAGUAUAUGGCAUUUCAUAAACGAAAAUAUAAAAUACCUGGGUGAGCUAAAUGGAAGCCUCAGAGAAAGAAGUUCUAUUAAAUUUAUCUGAUCUCCUCAGCAAUGUCCUUACACCCAAUGCCAGUAAACUCUUAGAUCAAUUACAAGAAGUUCUUUUCGGGGACAUAAAACUUGACUGCUCCGAUGCGCUUAAUCGUGCUAGAGAAGUGCUUUGUGAUGCGCGUUUUCACGCUAAAACGUCAAAGGUAAAAAGAUCGGCAACUAUGCGUCAGACCGAGCACAGGCUGCUCGUUCUCGAGGUGGUCGCCCAUCUCGGGGAUGUUUUCCUCUCCACCGCUUCUGGAAAGGAGCCCAACCCUAAAAUGAUCAAACGACUCGAUCAGCUUCUGUUGCCGCAACUUUUUCUUACUACCUCGGUAAACUCAGAGCUUCUUUGUGAAGUUGCGCUUAAGAGUCCGCUUCGAAUUCUCAAUAAUGCUUCACAAAAAGAUCCACAAGUCAGAGAUAUCAUGGACAAACUCGAGGCAACUCUUUUUUCGUGGAAAACGAACUAUGGGUGUGACUUUUUAUUGCCACGAUCUACGGCCUUGAAAAGCACCAACAAAACUUUUGGAUCCCCGUUUUUUUGCGAAGUGGUCGACACCAAUGCAAAAAAAGACAAUUACCCGCAUGUCAGACACCCUGUAGCCCCUUGCGCGGUCUGGGAUGCAAACUCUUACAACUGCCAACCUGCCCCUAGGUCCCCUCCGCAUUCAAUGAGAAAAUUUCCGGCGUACUUGUUAAAUAAAAGACGGCACAAUUUUUUAGACGGCCGCUAUUCGAAUGUAUCUUCAUCCAUACUUAGCAAAAGUAUCGACGAUCCACUUCCCCUGAAUUCGAAAACGGAGUUUCCAUUAUCAGACAUUCCUUCAGAUUCAGGAGAUAGUGACAGCCUUUCUGCAUUUGAAACGCCUGUAAAACGAAAAAGAGCAGACUCUUCUCUAUUUGUAUCCCCUUCUCCAGAUAGAACAUAUAAAUUUUAAAAAUUACCCAAGUCCACUAUCCUUGAAAAAAAAAAAUCAGUGCAGCUGUGGAUUUUUGGUUUCUAA